AUGACAAUGCAAUCGUCGCAGAGCACAUUCGCUGUACUAUCGGCGAGGAUGGAUGCCGUCCGUGACGGUCAGGUCUUGCAUUUUGGUCGCCUUGAGUCUUCUGAUACCACCUCAAGCGACCAAGACAGUAUCUUCAAACCUGGCGAUACGAUCACCCAAGAAAUCGACGUCGAAAAACGACUGUACUACUCCCGCCUCCACACUGCAGGCCAUGUUCUCGGAUCUGCUGUCAGGCACCUUCUGCAAAACGAAAUCGACGGUUUUGAUGAGCUCAAGGCAUUCCACUUCCCGGAUUCGGCUUCCUGCGAAUUCCAGGGCCUCAUCGAAGGCAAGUGGAAGGAGCCCAUACAGAAGAAAGUCGACGAGUUCGUGGCGGCCAAAUUGCCUGUCGAAGUGGAAUUUUGGGACGAGGAUGAUUUCCGUAAGAAUGGCCUGGAGAGGCUCAUCCCCGAUCCAGGCCUCGCAGCACCGGGAGAGAAGUUUCAAGUCGUCAAGAUUACUGGCGGCGAACUUUACCCUUGCGGAGGAACACAUGUUGACACUACUGAUUUAUGCGGGGAGACCAAGGUGAGGAAAAUUUCUAGGAGCAAGGGCAAGUCUCGUGUUAGCUACACAGUAGAUUUAA